AUGCCAAUCUCCAGUUUCGCUUUCGAUUCCGGUGGAAAAACAUCAAGAAGUUUUUUCUUCACUUCCUCGAUGACCCGAAUCCUCGACUUUUUGGGAGAAAGGCGUCCCCUAAAUACAACAAUAAGCAGUCGCCGACCCGAGGUUAAGAACCGAGAGAAGGCACCGACUGUUAAAGAAAUGGCUUACACCGCUAAACGAUCAUUAUACAGGAAAUAG